AUGGGAAACGCGUUCUCCUGCAAGCAGAAGAAGAAGAAGAAGACGGGCGAGUCACCAAAAAAGCCAUCACAAGCAAAUAAUAAUAAUAAUCGGAGGAAAUCGAAAAAGAAGCCCAAACAAAUCGUUCUUGACAAGGACCGAAAAAUUAUUCAAAAAGAUAAAGAGUUAUAUCAGGUCGUCUUCGAUGCCGAAGGAUUCAGUGUCCACGAUUUGGCACUUCUUGGUCAGAAAAACUCGGCCGACACGUGUGUCAAACAAGAACUGAAACCAAAAAAGAUGGGUCGAGUGAAUAUAAUACCAGAUAUAAUACCAUUUUUGACACAAAAUCCUGCAAAAUCACCAAAAUCCAAUAAGAAAGCGACGUUGGAAGAAUCGAAGGAAGAGUUUGAAAUCACUGAAAUUCUGGAUUAUAUCGAUGAUUUGUAUUUACAAUUAUUGGAUCCGGAUCGAACAAUAAUGGAUGAUCGAAGGGAUAGCACGUCGAACACCGAGAAUGCUAGCUCUAAAUAA